AGUGAAUUAAGUGAGACAGGAGACCUCCACCAACUACAUCCCUAGACAGUUUCAUUUCAGGGAUUCCUGGGCAUCUUUGCUCUGAAGCAGAGAGAUCAAAACACCAACUGAGUCUCCUACAGUGGAGGCAGGCUCAGUGUCAGGAUCCAAGUCCUGAUGUAAAAUGAGUACGUAUAUCAACAAGCUCCUUUUUGACAUUUCUGAGUCACUGGCCACAGAUGACCUGGCGGCCCUCAAGUUCCUCAGCCUGGAGUACAUCCCCUUCAAGAAGCAGGAAGCCAUCCGGGAGCCCAAGGCCUUCUUCCAAGCACUGCAGGAGAAAGGCCUGAUAAGCGACAGUGAUCAGGCCUUCCUGAAGGAGCUGCUCUACCGGAUCAAUCGCAUAGACAUCCUGGUUUCCCACCUGGGCUCCAGCCUGGAAGAGAUGGAGAGGGAGCUUCAGAUCCCAGGCAGGGUGAAGGUAUCUCCAUACAGACAACUGCUAUAUGAGAUUGCAGAAGACUUAACUCCAGACGAUGUCAACAGUGUGAAAUUCCUGUUGCAAAAACAAUUACCAAAGAGCAAGCUCCAGGAAGAUGCUUCAAUGUUGAUGGUCUUCAUGGAAAUGGAAAGAAAUCACGUAAUUACAGAAGAUGAUGUGACAGUGCUGAAGGAUAUAUUAAAGGGAUUUAGAGCUGAUCUGAAGAAAAAAAUUGGUAUCUAUGAAUUAAAAACAAAAGGGAAUGUUUCUGGAGAACAAAUCCGCUCUCAAAUGUGUACAUUCGUGAAUCAAGCAGAACAAGGAGCAGUGGGGGGAACACGAGCAUGCCUGUUUGCAGAAGCCUAUAAGAUGGAAAAUAACCCCCAUGGUUACUGUGUGAUUCUUAACAACUACAUUUUUAAAAAUCCCAUUUUAAACAGGGAAGGAACAAUUAAAGAUGGAGAGAGAGUGAAGGAGGUCUUUAACAGGCUUCAGUUUGAGACAGUUGAGUAUAUGGAUCUAGAAGCAAACCAACUGUAUGCAAAAGUUGAAGAAUACAGCAAGAAAGAUCAUAGCAAUAUGGACUGUUUUGUUUGCUUCAUCCUUUCUCAUGGUGAAAAGGACAAAAUAAAAGGCACUGAUGAAGAGUGUAUAAAUAUUAAAGAUAUACUCUUAUGCUUUAGUGGAUCUAACUGUCCUUCUCUUGCUGGAAAACCCAAGCUGUUUUUCAUCCAGGCUUGCCAAGGGUCUGAAAGUCAUCCACAUGUCAUGUUAGAAGAAGACUGGUCUGUCUUUUUGGAGACAGAUGCUGUCCCUCUGCCUUCCAUACCCGAUCGAGCUGAUAUUUUGCUUGGCUUGUCUACCGUGGAAGACUUUGAAUCUUACCGCAGCAGGGAGACUGGCAGUGUUUACAUCCAGUGCCUCUGUGAAAAGUUGGAGCAGCUUUGCCCACUCCGCAGGGAUAUUGUAGCCAUCCUGACAGAAGUGAACAAGAAAGUGGCCAGCAGAGUAUUAAAUGGAUGGAAGCAGAUGCCAAAAAUAUCAUCAACUCUAAGGAAACAAGUGAUCUUGCAAUUUCCAUAGUCUCAGUCAACUGAGAAGUACAAAAAAGUAAAGACACCAUCAAUUAGGAAUCCUUCUGGAAUUGGCCUCAAUGUGGAUGGAAUUCAGGAGAAUUUGCAAGAGAAAUUGUCUGAAUCCAUGUAAUUAAUUUACAGACCUACAAGGGCCCACAUAUGCUCAAUUUUCUGAUUCCCAUGGUUACUCAGUCCCCUGGUAUCUGGAUCUGUCAUAGUGUCAUAGGCCACAAGGGAAGGACAGAGCUGCCUUCUGUCUUGCAGAAGCUGUGAGGAUCAAACAGUCCUCGUUUCAAGUAAGGAAACAUUUCAAAGCAUUGUUGUUCUUAAGCAUUGUUGGAAAUGCCAGUGAAAAUACUUCAGAGAAUUCAUCUGUGAAAUCUGAAGAAAACUGCCAUUAGAUGCAAGGUGCAAGAAUUCCUUUCCCGGGAGGGGGUGUGUGUGAGAUUUUAACAGAUUUACCAGAAGUGAAUAAUCAUGAGCCAUCUAGAAGCUGAAUUCUUCUUGAAAAAAUAAUAUCCCUGCUAAGAAGAA